AUGAGCCAUAACCAUGGAGGAGGAGGAGGAGGGGGAAUGGACGGGAUGGGCGGAAUGGGCGGGAUGACGAUGGGAACGGCGCUGUUCCAGGACACCAACAUCCAGCUCGCGCAGUCGUUCUGGUACAUCAUCGCCGGCGUCGUGGGGUUCCUCGGCAUCAUCCGGGGCAUCAACUACCUCGAAGGCCUCAGAAGGCUACGGCGAUGCCGCUCCGAGUCGGUACGGUUCCCGACCCGCCCCUCGAACCGCAUCACGCAGACAUGGGCGACGGCGACGGCCAUCGUCCGCGAGGCGGGACACCCGCAGCUUUACAUCCCCGUCCGAGGCAUGCGGUGGGCGACGCCGCCGCCGCUCGGCCGCGUGCUCGUCCUGCUGGCAUACUGGGCCGUCAUCAUAUACAUGAUGGCCAACGACGCAGUCGUCAAGGACGCCUACUUCUGGGAGCGCAUCGGGUUCCGCAACGCCUGGGUGACGCUCAUGCAGAUGCCGCUCGUCUACCUGCUCUCCAUGAAAGUCAGCCCCGUCAGCCUCAUCGCCGGCAUCUCGCACGAGCGGCUCAACUGGCUGCACCGCUGGGUCGGCCGGACAAUGUUCGUCACGGCGACGGUGCACGGCUUCCACUUCUGGACCGAGUGGGUGCGCGCCGACUUCGUCGAGGCGCAGCUGCGCAUCCUGCCGGCCAUCAAGUACGGCCUCGGGGCGUGGGGUCUGCUGGUCUGGACGUUCCUCGUCGGGGUGCAGCCCAUCCGCGGCAUGGCGUACGAGCUGUUCGUCGCGCAGCACGUGCUGACGGCCGCCCUUUUCCUCUGGCUGGUGUACGUCCACAUCCCCAACUACGCGCAACAGUACCUCUGGUUCGCGAUCGCCCUCGUCUGCUUCGACCGCCUCGCGCGGUGGGCGUUCCUCGCCUGGCAGAACAUGCGGCUCCGGCCGCCGGACCGGUCGGCGUGCAAGAGUAUGAGGCGCCUGGGGCACGAGGUCCAGGUCCAGGCGGUGGGCCCGUCGACGACGGUUCUGACGAUCAAAGACGUGCACUUUUCGUGGAAGGCCGGACAGCACCUGUACCUCUGGCUGCCCCGGGUCGGGCCCCUGGAGGCGCACCCGUACACCAUCGCCUGCGCGCACCAGCUGCCGGACACGUGCGUGUGCAACAGCAUCCAGCUGGUCAUCCGGUCGCACGGGGGCUUCUCGAAGCGGCUGCACCGGUACGCGCAGAAGGCGUUGGAGUCGUCGUCGUCGUCGUCGUCGUCGUCGUCGGGGGGGAGCAAGAAGGAAACGCUAACGGGGUUCGUGAUGGGCCCGUACGGGGCGCCGCCGCGGUGGGACAUCUACGAGACCAUGGUUCUCAUCUCGGCGUCAACGGGGGCAUCGUUCACGCUGCCCAUCCUCGAGAGCAUCGUGCAGAGCGGGCGGCGGCGGGGCUGCACGACGCGGGUCGAGUUCGUGCUCCUGGCUCGCCAGGGCGAGGAGAUUGAGGACACGUCAGACGGCUCCGUCAGCGGGGACUGUUGUCGAGAGGAACAGGCCAUGCUGGACCUGGAGAAAGGGGACGGGGUGCAGCUGACGCAGCGGCCGCGGAGCGGCUCCAUGGCGGGCAUGGUGAGGGAGUACUACUGCCGGCCGGACCUCGAGGAGCUCAUCAGGGAGCCGGUGGAGGCGGCGGGCGGCGACACGUCGGUGGUGGUGUGCGGAGGACGGUCGCUGACGAGCUCGGUCCGGAACUGCGUGGCCGCGCUCUCGGACGAGAGGGCGGUGCACAAGGGGACGGGGGCGCAGGGCAUCCAUCUGUUUGUGGAGGAGUAUUCGUUCUAG